AUGUUGUUCUGUUGGGCCACCAAGAUAGUUGAUGAGCCUCCUAAGACUGAUCUUCAGUUCUGGAAGAAUUUGUUCCCUGUAAUUACAAUCAAUGGCAAGACAUAUUUGCUUAGGAUAUCAAACGUAGGGACAGCAUGGAGCUUCAAUUUCAGGAUUCAAAAUCAUCAAUUGGUUUUGGUUGAAACUAAAGGUUCUUAUGUCAAUCAAAUAGAGUUGGAGUCUCUUGAUGUUCAUGUAGGCCAAUCCUACUCAGUUCUUGUCACAGCAAACCAAAAUGCUGCUGAUUACUACAUAGUAGCCUCUCCUAAACUGAGUAAUGCCACAAAUAAUAACACUCUUGUUGGUGUUGCUGUGCUUCAUUAUGACAACUCUACCACACCGGCUAAUGGGUCUCUUCCAAGUGGUCCAGAUCCAUUUGAUCUGCAAUUCUCCAUCAACCAAGCAAAAUCCAUUAGGUGGAACCUCACCACUGGAGCUGCAAGGCCUAAUCCCCAGGGAAUGUUCCAUGUAACAAAUGUGACAAUAAUUGAAACUUUCAUUCUAAAUGCAUCAACAACAACUAUUGAUGGGUUAUCUCGCUACUCUGUCAACAAUGUGUCUUUCUUGAUCCUAGAUACACCACUGAAACUAGCUGAUUUCUUUUCCAAUAGAACUGGUGUAUAUGAACUUGAUGCUUUUUCUAAGAACACUUCAAAUGCUAACGCCGUGCGUGGAGUUUUCGUAGCUAGUGCAUUACAUAAAGGUUGGACUGAGAUAGUGCUAGAAAACAAUUUAGACAUCAUUGAUACUUGGCAUUUGGAUGUAUAUAGCUUCUUUGUUGUUGGGUAUAAUGUGAGGUUAACCUUUAGACAUACUCUUUAAGUUUCUACUCCACAUUUUUUCAUUGCUUGUGUUGUACUAAGCCUCUGUUUUGUGCUAUUUGGUUGAAGUUUCCGGGAUAGAAGAUAUGAAUAUAAAGGUCUCAAUAAGGUUUGGAAGGGAAAACUGUCAUAGGCCAAGGCUAGUGGAAAUUCUAUAAAGAUCCAGGAAGCACAGGAUAUGGUUGUGCUUUAUGAUUCAUUGCAACUUGCUCACAAGUGUAUACUUAAUUCCUUUUAUGGAUAUGUCAUGCGCAAGGGUGCAAGAUGGUACUCCAUGGAAAUGGCUGGAGUAGUGACAUAUACUGGUGCAAAAAUCAUUCAGAAUGCUCGCUUGCUAGUAGAGAAAAUAGGAAAACCACUUGAACUAGACACUGAUGGUAUCUGGUGUGCACUACCUGGAUCUUUUCCAGAAAAUUUCACUUUUAAAA